AUGCCGACCAUGGACUCUCUCCCUUCUGCGGAGCAAUUCUCCACUAUUGAGAUGCACCCACGCAACAUAGUCGCAAGUCUCUUAGCUAUAGUGAUCAGCUUUUCUUAUCUUCGAUCUGUUACGAAGAAGACUGGCCUUGAGCGCUUCCCUGGACCGUGGUAUGCGCCCUACACGGCCCUGCAUCUGCGAUGGCUCUUCGCUCGUGGCACGAUCCACGAGUAUGUCGAGAAGAUGCACAAGCAGUACGGCGAUGUCAUCCGUUUGGGACCAAGGCAGCUUUGGAUCUCUGAUAAGGGAGCUAUGAAGCAGAUUCUUCUCACCAUCGAUCUACCCAAGGUUACCAUGUAUGCUGAGAUCUCGAGAGACAGAAAAAGUCCAGGUCUCUUUGGAGAGAUUCGCCCGGUUCCCCACCGCAACCUCAAGAAGUUCCUCAGCCCAGCUUUCACUGUUUCUUCCGUCGACAAGCUAGAUACGUUCUUCAAAGCCUGCACAUCGAUCUUGCUCAGCAACUACUACACUGAAGUCGACAAGGCCAUCACUCAAGACCCCAAGUCCAACCCCAACGGCGACUUCGAGACUGACCUCAUGCGCGACCUGCACUGUCUUGCGCUAGACAUCAUGGGCGAGUCGUCGUUUGGUAAGGGCUUCGGGCAGAUCGACAAGAUCUUCGAUCCCAGCAAGUUGUUGUCCGGCAGAGACAAGCGCUGGAGCAAGAUUCCUGAUGCCAUCUUCAACGGUCAGGCGAAGAGGUAUGGGUUGGUCUUUGUGAAGAGGUUCCUCAGGCGCAUGGGAUACGAGUGGGAGGUUGACUGGCCCAAGGAGAUGACGUCUGCGAUUUGCGAACUCGUCGACGAACGCGCUGCAGCUCAGGGAGGCCAGGAGAACAAGAAGCGUAUUGAUGUCCUGCAGCACAUGUUGGACGAGGGCGCGCGACCAGACACGGGAGAGCGUAUGUCCAACCAGGACAUCAUCGAUCAGAUGUCUGAGCUCCUUCUCGCUGGAUCGGAAACCACUUCUGACCCACAAUAUCGCUACCUCGAAGCCUGUCUGAAGGAGAACCUGCGCAUGAACCCUAUUGCUUCCGAACUGGGUCGCCGUACCACAGACCAAGGCCACACCAUCAAUGGCAACGAGAUUCCGCCUUACACGAUUGUGUCGGCCAGUUACAGAGCACUCCAUCGCGAUGAGAGGUACUGGCCUCAGGCGGAGAGGUUCUGGCCGGAGCGCUGGCUGGAAGGUGAGGAAAGAGAGGACGCACCCGAACCUGAUCUAGACGCUUACUUCCCCUUCUCCAACGGCCGACACAACUGCAUCGGACAAAACUUCGCAUACGCAGAGAUGCGCACCGUCUCGGCCAACCUUCUUUCUCGCUUUGCCCUUGAAGAGGCUGGAUACCAGAAGAUCCAGCUCCGGCAAUUCAUCACGAUGCAGUUUCACGAUGGCAAGUGGAGAGUUGUGCUGAAGCCCCGCUGGAAGGAUGCUGCGAAGGCUUGA